AUGGCGAAUUUUGUCCCAAGCACCCCACCUACUGAAAAAUCUUUGUUUAAACAAACAGCAUACGGGAUGAGUUCGUAUGCUGUCGAGACUGAAAUAAAGAAAUUGGGCUCGUCUCCGCGUACCCCUCGCUUCUUGCUUGACUGGUUUGGUGCUUCUUGUUGGUAUGGGGAGAACGAUGAAUCUCGCGAGGUUGAAUCAAGUGAGUUAGAAAGGAAGGCGCACACCUCACAAAAUAGUAAACCCAAGCGGGAUCCAGCGCGAAAGAAUAUGAAAGAUGAGCGACUGCGAUCUGGUCUAGAUUCAAAGAUGAUUCAGGCUGCCCAGCGAGCGUAUUGGAGAGGGAGUAAUUUCUGGAAAGAGUUUCGUUUUACAGCAGGCCAUCAUUUCCCCGAGAUUCUGUAUCUAAUUAUGAUUGUGAAAGACUUCAUUCGGGUGAGAGCUGGCGAAACAUCCUUAGGCCUUCAGGUGGAAGGACCCCCAGAUCCAGCCGGGGGAAGAACAUUCCAGCGUCUCACUAGAUUCAAGAUCAGGGCUGAUUUAACACGUGUUGCGAAAUUCAAAAUCGUUGACGCAAUCGCGCAAAAACCGCCUCGGUGUAUGGUCCAGCACCCACAACAUCACUCACACGCACUUGUGGGCACCCCCAACCAUCUCCAAGCCAUAAGAGCCCAAUGGCAAGAAUUGCACCCCCACAUUACCCUUCCUCAGCCACCACGGCCUCCGACACCGACGCAGCCUAAACAAAACCUCCCUAAUUGCCCUAAUACGGAAAUUGGAAAUACCAUCUUUUCGCGGUCGCUCACGGCCCAAGGCGAAUUUCAAAGCCCCAGAACGGUAAUUGAAAUUAUCUGCGAUGGCAAAACUCGACAUGCAAGUACCGGCUUGUACGCCGUUGCGUGUUUGGUUAAUCGCGCGAAAAUUAGGAGUUUGGAAAUUCCAUUUGCGCAGUGGACGAACAGAACAUUCGGGACUGACAGGGCUUGCGUGCGGUAUAAGUAUUUGACGGCCCGUUGGUCCUUUAAUUCGCUUCCAACAUCCAACUGCGCUGUGCUCCAUACUUUCUGCCACUUCGUUACGACACUUCCCAGCCAGGUCACCGCAUUUCCCAUCCGGUUACCGCAAACAUGA